ACAUCGCACUGCACCGCAUCGCAUCACGCCGGCUCCGGGCCGCCUGCUGCUGCUCGAGAGAAGCGGAUCGGGGAAAAGAGCAUCCGGCCGCUCCAGAGGGGCAGGCUGCCCGCCCCACUGUUCGAGCGGCCUGCUUGUGCACUGCGCUGCGCCGCCGCCGGGAGCGAGCUUCGUCUAGUGCGUCUCACUGAGCCUGGCACUCAUGGCGGCUUCAAAGGAACCUGUCGGAGAUUCUGUCAAAAUGGAACGUGAGUGUAUGGAGAAGAUCAACCAUUACUGUCAAAAGCAGAAAUUUACCCUGGUUUAUGCUGAUGUCAGCAUGAAUGGCCCAUUUCAUGAUCCUGUGUUCACAGUUGUGGUUAAGAUAAAUGGUAAAAAAUAUGGUACAGGCACUGGUAAAAGUAAGAAGGAAGCAAAAGCAAUUGCAGCAAAAAAGACCUGGGAAAUGAUUGAGAAGCAGCUAGAGAGUCCUUCAAAUACCCAAGCUGCAGAAUUACCAACUAGGAUGACCUUAUUACCUGUACUGUCCGGUGACUAUGUCAGCCAACUAAAUACGUAUUCACAAAUGACCUUGCAAAGAGUUGCUUAUUCUAAAACACGUGCUGGAGAUGCCCAUGCUCCUGUGUUUUCUUGUACAUGUAUAAUUAGCGGUCACGUGUAUGGAAAUGGCACUGGAUCUUCUGUAGCUGCUGCAAAACAAGCUGCUGCAAAACAAGCAUUUGAGAAGCUAGUUGAGGAAGGUGCUAUACCAAUGGGAAAUGAAACAUCUAACAGCAGCUCAGGGAAUGAAACAUCUAACAGCAGUUCUACAUUUAGUGACAAUAGUGAUUCCUAUCAAGUGUCAACUCAGUCUGACUCAGAUAGCAACAGUAUCUGCUUUAAAGACUCAGCUGAAAAUUUGGCAGAAAAAAUGAAAAACAUGGCAGUAUGUGAAAAGCCUUCACCUUCUCAGAGAAACACACUAAGUUCUGCUGUGAAAACCCAAAGAAAAUUGGCACCUAAUUUUGAUAAUGCGAGAGACAAGGGAAAGGUAAAUAUGAUCCCAGAUGAGAGUUUGCCAGGUUUGGACACAAAUACCAGUGAGGAAAAUGAAAGCCCAUACACUACGAAUAAAAGAUUUCUUGAGAGUUUUAAGAAUAUAGAACCUAUUGGUGAAGGUGGCUUUGGGAAUGUUUUCAAAGCAACAGCAAAGCUUGAUGAGAGAACCUACGCAGUCAAACGAGUUAAAUUCAGGAAUGAUUCCUCCCUCGAUCCAAAUAAGAAUGUGCGUGAAGUAAAACAACUUGCAAGACUUGACCACAAAAACAUAGUGCGGUAUUACAAUAGCUGGCCAGGGUACGACCAUGUAACUUCUCCAGGCUUAAGGCAUAUGUCAGACAAAGGAGUUCUCUGUCUUUUCAUUCAAAUGGAAUUAUGUGAACAAGGGCCGUUGGAAAACUGGAUUGAAAAGAAUAGACAAGACCGAAAGUAUCAUGAGAUGGCACAAACCACAUUUUUACAAAUACUGGAAGGAGUAGAAUAUAUUCAUUCAAAAGGCUUAAUUCAUCGAGACCUCAAGCCUCAGAAUAUAUUCGUAUCAGAUGACAAUAAAAUAAAAAUAGGCGACUUUGGUCUUGUGACUUCUGUGACAUGUGAGAAUCUGACUGAGAACGCAGGAACAAAAUCAUAUAUGGCACCAGAACAGUUUCAGAGUGGAUAUGGAACAGAAGUAGAUAUUUAUGCAUUGGGGUUAAUUUGGUUUGAGAUUCUUUCGGCAUUCAGUAGUCAUGAGAAAGCUCAGGUAUGGCCUUAUGUUAGAGAUGGUAAACUUCCAACGAGCUUCACCAACCUAUUUCCAGCAAUGGCACCCAUAAUCAAAAAGAUGCUUUCAAGAGACCCUUCACGAAGAUACUCUGCAUCUCAAAUACUUCAACUUUUAGAGUCUGUUAAUAAAGGCAGGCGAAAAACUCAGUAAAUGCCCUCUGAAAAAGCUUUUAGACUGUGUUUAAAUCCAGAGUUUGAUGUCUCUUAAAACCGAUGAAAUACUGGUACACGUCAGAAGCAACAGCAAGACUUGGGUUGUGUCUUUUCCUUAGUGUUUUGCCUUCCUGACAUUGAGAAGCUCAUCAGGGUCAUAUCACCAUUCACACCCAUCAGCUGCAGACCAGGGCAGCAGGCUCCUGCAAGCAAUCACUUGCGAUUUUACCUGGAAACACAGGUUGCAGAUGAGCUGAACUAUAUUCUACACUACAUAAAGUAACCUAGUCCUUGUUUCCUAGAAGAUUAAGUUGUGGAGGUGCUAACUGGCCUCUGACAAAUCACUGUAUGCAUGCUCUUAACAUGUGUUGCAUCCAUUAUCACUUGAGGUUAUCUACUGCCAUUGAAGAAGUGCUGUCUUGUGGUAUGUGACUCAAACCUUUCUGAUUUGUUCAGUGAUAUCUUUAAUAAUUACUAGAACACUCCCAUUAAUACAAAGACAAAUUUUGGUGGUGAAAAUACUAGGAAUUGGUGUUGGAUUAUUCACUGAAUUUCAGUUCUUUACGGUUUGUCUUUUUUUUUUUUACAACAGUUCUUUACAGCAGCUCUAUAUUCCUGUUGAACACCUACUUCCCUCAGUGCUCUAGAACUUUAAAAUACAGUAGUAGAGUUUAGAUUUCCUUUAAACUUUCAAAAACUUUAGAUUUUGAGUGGGUGCUUGCUUAAAAGGAAUAAUAUAAAUGAACACACAGUAUUUUUUAUAUUCUUAUGGAAAUUAUUGCUGGUCUGCAAGUAUUUAUUGCUAAGUAAGAAUCUGAUUUACAUCCUCUUCUAAAGCUUGAAGUGGUUUUUGGUUUUUGCCUUAACAUGAAUCACAAAUACUCAAUCAUAGAAUGGUUUGGGUUGGAAGUUUGGGUUUGGGUUCUUGCCACACUUAAAGAAUUUUUUCCUAAUGUCUAAUCAGAAUUUACCCUCUUUCAGUCAAAGCUAUUCCUUGUCCUGUCACUAUGUGCCCUUGUAAAGACUCUCCAGAAUUCCUGUAAGCUUCCUUUGGGUACUGGAAGGCUGCUCUAAUGUCCUGACAAAGCCUUCUCCAGGCUGAACAAUCCCAACUCAAGAGGCUUAGCAACAUCAUCUGCCAGUUCUCUCAGGACCUGUGGAUGCAUCUUAUCACGUCCCACAGACCCAUGCAUCUUCAGGUUCUUUAGAUGGCCUCAAGCCUGAUCGCAUACAGCAGGCUCUUCAUUCUCCCCAAUGGCAUCCCUGCCUUUGCCCUUUGCCUUCUGCAACUUGAGUGGUGUGGAUGGAGCACUUGCAGGGGGAAGACUGAGAAAAAAACUUCAUUGCCCACCUCAGCCUUCUUCAUGUCUCAGGUAGCCAGGUCUCCUGUUUUCUUCCAGAGAGGGCUCACAUUUCCCCUAGUCUUUGGUUUAUCACCAACAUACCUACAGAAGCUUUUCUUGUUGCUGUUGAUGUUCCUGGCCAGAGGUAAUUCUAUCAGGGCUUUAGCUUCCCUAGCCUGAUCCCUGACUGGGAUGCAUACAGCAUUUUACUAUUCUGUACCAACUACUUUUUCUCUGUUGUGGUCAAGAUCUGGGAGUUCCACUGCCUCUUCCCUUUCCACCCACUGGGAUCUAACUGACAUACAAUUGCAUUCAAUCUUAAAUAUCUUGUCAAACCUUAACGAUUUUAUACUUCUAUGCAACUACUCUUACAAUAUGAAAACCAGUACAUGACAAAUGUUAUAGUUCUUGGACAGUGCAUCCAUACUACCAUUACCUUUUUACUGUUAAGUAAUACUGACUCUGUCCCAGUAUUUUUUUGAUACUUUUUUCUAGUAUUUGUGUAUUUCAGCAGUACGUUUCUAUUAGUGACUCUUUACAGUAGCAAUUUCUGUUCCUUAAAAUUUAAAGGUCUAUUAAAAUAUAUUUUUAUAUAAUUUAUAUAUAAAAAUAUAUAUAUUUUAUAUAUAAAAAUCCUCCAACAACAUGAUCUAGCACUAUUUUAGGGACUGUAGUUGUAGGGUUCAAACUUAAACAGGGGAAGUUUAGAUUGGAUAUAAGGAAGAAGUUCUUUACUGUAAGGGUGGUGAGGUACUGGAAUGGGUUGCCCAGGGAAGUUGUGAA